AUUACAGAUUUUUAAAAUUCAUUUUCGUUAUAUGUUAUUCAGAGUGAAAACUUCAAAACUAGUCAAAUCUGAUUUAUUUCAUUCUUAUUAAAUGACUCUUUAAUUCUUUACACUCUUUUUUGGUCAAAUCUUUUUCUAAUUUUCUAUAUAUAAAAGGAUUAAUUACUUUCAAAGGGGUUACCCAAACAAGACAGAUAUAUUAGAUAUUAAGGAAAGAUAAUCUUUAAAAAAUUAUAAGUUCAUGAACAAAAUAUCAGAAUCAGUAAAUCACUAACCAAGAUUCCAACGUUGUAAUAAGCGUUUCGUUUUUAAAGUUACACUAAUUCUACAAAAGAUAAUAGAUAUUUCUUUUUGGAAAAAACAGUGACAAUGGCAUGUUUCAGAUUCUUCUCUGCAGUCACAACUUUGGUUUUGCUUCAUCUCUCAUCAAUCGCCUUUGCUUCUUCCCAUGGCUCAAAACAGCUCGGCGACCAAUGCUCAUCCGACGAAGAGUGCAGCGUUGGACUUGGUUGUUUUAAAUGCGGCAUCGAUGCUGCAAGAUGCGUAAGAUCAAACAUCACAGAUCAAUUCUCCCUUGUGAACAAUUCCAUGCCGUUUAACAAAUAUGCAUUUUUGACGACCCACAAUUCAUAUGCCAUCGAAGGAAAACCGCUUCAUGUGGCGACCCAAGAAGAUAGUAUAACCGAGCAACUCAAUAGUGGUGUUCGAGCAUUGAUGUUGGAUACGUACGACUACGAAGGAGACGUAUGGUUGUGCCAUUCGUUUAACGAGCAAUGCUUUGAAUUCACUAAGUUUAAUCGGGCAAUAGACACGCUCGAGGAGGUAUUCGCCUUCUUGACAGCAAAUCCAUCAGAGAUCGUGACAAUAUUUCUCGAGGAUUACGUCAAAUCGCCAAACGCGUUAACCAAAGUUUUUACUGACUCUGGUUUGAAGAAAUUCUGGUUUCCGGUUGAAGACAUGCCUAAGGGUGGCCAAGAUUGGCCAUUGGUUAAGGAUAUGGUUGCAAAUAACCACCGGCUAGUCGUCUUCACUUCAGAUAAAUCCAAGCAAGAAACCGAAGGAAUAGCUUACCAGUGGAACUACGUACUUGAAAACCAAUAUGGGGACGAUGGAGUUAAGCCUUCGGAAUGUAGCAAUAGGGGAGAAUCUGCACAGCUAACCGAUAAAACCAAAGCUUUGGUUUUGGUAAAUCAUUUCAGCACAGUUCCGGUUAAGCUCUUGAGUUGUGAGGAGAACUCUCAACAUCUUAUCGAUACGAUUAAGACAUGUUACGUAACCGCUGGGGACCGAUGGGCGAAUUUUGUCGCUGUCGAUUUUUACAAGGUACGUAAGGUUACAAAUAUAUAUAUGGUUUUAGAAAGAAAAAUAAAAUUAGGAGUGAUGGAGGAGGAACAUUUCAAGCAGUGGAUAAACUAA